AUGUGUACGUGUGUUCACGGUGUAGUUUUGAAAGAAUGGCAGGCCUAUGUAACUGUAUGCGAAGUUUGUUCUACCGUAUUGAAGCGCAAGCUUUUCUUGAGUUUUCUGGACCUGAGCAGUAACAAAAUACAUAUCUUAACUGCAGGUGCAUUCAACGGCUUGAAAUCUCUUCAAAAUCUAUACAUGCACAGCAACAAUCUAGUAGAAAUAAAGGACAACGCCUUUCAGGAAAUGUGGUUCUCGCUACAGGUGUUAGAUAUACAAUUUAACAAACUAAGUAAGUACUCAGAAAAUACUUUUCGUCAACUGAAGAACUUAAAAGCUUUGUAAGUUACCUUUCAAUAAUUCUUUAAAAAAAGAUCAUAUCAGAUACUGCAAUUAGUAUAGCUCUCUUAUUGUUGCUACAGAUAAUACUACGAAUACUUGCACUCG